AUGGUUUCGAAGAAGAAGUACAUCUACACCAUUGAUGAUGACUGUUUUGUGGCCAAGGAUCCAACUGGGAAAGAUAUCAAUGCAUUGCAACAGCACAUACAUAAUCUGCUUUCACCAUCGACGCCCUUCUUCUUCAACACACUGUAUGAUCCGUAUAGAGAAGGGGCUGAUUUUGUCCGUGGCUAUCCAUUUAGCAUGAGGGAAGGAGUGCCAACUGCCAUCUCUCACGGGCUCUGGCUUAACAUCCCUGACUAUGAUGCCCCAACUCAGCUUGUCAAACCUCGUGAGCGCAACACCAGGUAUGUAGAUGCUGUUAUGACAAUUCCCAAAGGCACUAUCUUUCCUAUGUGUGGUAUGAAUCUUGGAUUCGACAGAGAACUUAUUGGCCCUGCUAUGUAUUUUGGACUCAUGGGCGAUGGCCAGCCUAUCGGUAGAUAUGAUGACAUGUGGGCCGGCUGGUGUGCUAAGGUAAUCUGUGAUCAUCUAAGUCUUGGAGUGAAGACGGGGCUGCCGUAUAUCUGGCACAGCAAGGCUAGUAACCCAUUUGUCAAUCUAAAGAAGGAAUACAAGGGCAUAUACUGGCAAGAGGAAAUUAUUCCAUUCUUCCAGAAGGUAGCCUUCUCAAAAGAAUCCACAACUGUUCAAAAAUGCUACAUUGAGCUUUCCAAGAUGGUGAAGGAGAAGCUCAGCCCAGUCGACCCCUACUUCCAAAAGCUUGCGGAUGCCAUGGUCACUUGGAUCGAAGCUUGGGAAGAGCUCAAUUCACCGGCAAAGUCUGCUCCUGUAGCCAAUGCUGAUCCCAAGAAGAAGUAG